GACUUAAAAAAUCUCACUUGCCUCUCACGGCUUCCGUACUAUACAGUGCCCCACUUUCACUUUAACUUCUUACAAACGUGGAAGACAUGACUGUAAACAAACUUAGAGAGGAUGUGAUAACAGGCUGCACUGCCAACAUUGUUCUACUAAGAUAGAAACUGAGUGGACUCAUUCACUUUCUGACCAACAUUUGGUUUUAUGUUUAACGAUUUGUCUUGAAAAAAAUAACUGGGAAUAAUGUUUUUCCAUGUCAUUCUUUUGGUUGUUUCCUUGACAAGUUUUCUGCGGAGCGUCCAUGUAUCAGGUUGUGAUAACAACUGUGCAGAUGAACCUGUGUUCACCCCAUCCAGAGUGGUAGUGAAGAAUGGCGACCCAGCCUCUGCCAGGUGCUCUGUAUGUCAGCAUGCUUGCCUCAACAACUUAUUUGGUGUGGAAAGCCCUGUGGGAGUCACAACAACAAACGGAACCACGAUUUCAUGGACGGUUGACAGAAUGACUGAAUGGAGCCCGUCUGUCAUGUGCUAUUAUAAUGAUGUUAAUGGCCGCCAGUGUUGUACCACCCUGCCUGUAACUGUCUACCAGCCUCCACACAUUGUGUCCAUCAGCUUUGUUAAUCACACUGGUCCGAUGUUGGAGGGUCACCAGUACACUCUGCAGUGUACAGUACAGGAUGUUGCUCCUGUUGAACACCUCAAUGUGACCUUCUACAGAGGACAGAAAGCUCUGGGUCAGCUGCAGUCCAGCAACACAAUGAAGGAACCAGUGAAUGAGAGCUUCACUUUAAACAUCACCCCCAGUAAAGAAGAUGAUGGAGUCCAGUACUGGUGUGAAGCAGAGCUAGAACUGGGACCUGAAGGACCACAGCCCCCUCCAGUGGUGAUGUCAAAAAAGAUCUCCGCCACCGUCUACUAUAAGCCUCAGCUAGAGGGGACAUCACAUCCAGAUCCGAUUACUAUCACAGAAGGAAACCCUCUACAGCUGAACUGCUCGGCUGUGGGAAACCCCAGCCCCUCAUACACCUGGAUGCUCCCAUCAGGUAGAGCUUCCCCCUCCAGUGGCAGCGUUCUCACUAUCAGCUCUGUAGCUGCUGAGCAUAAAGGGCAGUACACCUGUUCUGUCAGCAACAACGUGGGGAAUGUCACUGUGAAGUACAACGUGGAUGUCAAAGUGACUUUUCUGCGUAGCUUCCAUGUUUCCAGUUUUGAUGAAAACUGUGCAGAUGAACCUGUGUUCACCCCAUCCAGAGUGGUAGUGAAGAAUGGCGACCCAGCCUCUGCCAGGUGCUCUGUAUGUCAGCAUGCUUGCAUCAACAACAACUUAUUUGAUGUGGAAAAAUCUGUAGGAGUCUCAACAACAAACGGAACCACGAUUUCAUGGACGGUUGAUAAAAUGACUGAAUGGAGCCCGUCUGUCAUGUGCUAUUACAAUGGUGAUAAUGGCCAGUGUUGUACCACCCUGCCUGUAACUGUCUACCAGCCUCCACACAUUGUGUCCAUCAGCUUUGUUAAUCACACUGGUCCGAUGUUGGAGGGUCACCAGUACACUCUGCAGUGUACAGUACAGGAUGUUGCUCCUGUUGAACACCUCAAUGUGACCUUCUACAGAGGACAGACAGCUCUGGGUGCACUGCAGUCCAGCAACACAGAGAAGGAACCAGUGACUGAGAUCUUCACUUUAAACAUCACCCCCAGUAAAGAAGAUGAUGGAGUCCAGUACUGGUGUGAAGCAGCGCUAGAACUGGGACCUGAAGGACCACAGCCCCCUCCAGUGGUGAUGUCAAAAAAGAUCUCCGCCACCGUCUACUAUAAGCCUCAGCUAGAGGGGACAUCACAUCCAGAUCCGAUUACUAUCACAGAAGGAAACCCUCUACAGCUGAACUGCUCGGCUGUAGGAAACCCCAGCCCCUCAUACACCUGGAUGCUCCCAUCAGGUAGAGCUUCCCCCUCCAGUGGCAGCGUUCUCACUAUCAGCUCUGUAGCUGCUGAGCAUAAAGGGCAGUACACCUGUUCUGUCAGCAACAACGUGGGGAAUGUCACUGUGAAGUACAACAUGGAUGUCAAAGGUUUGGAGCCAGCAACAAGCACAGCAACUGCAACAACCACAAAGACAAAAACCGUACAGGUUGUGUGUUUCAUGCUUUUAUUCUCUGCUCUGGUUUGAGUUAAUUCCCACAGAACGUAAGAGGAGCUUUGUUUCUAGAACAAUAACAAUAUAAUAUUUUUGCCACUAAAAAUAUAAUUGAGCAAUAAAAGGUAUUUUAUCCAUGUCCUUUAUAACUCACAUCUGAUGUCAGUACAGUCAGUUCUCUAAAUACAUUGAGAAACCAGCCUGAUGUGUGAGAACGCUUACUUUUUGUAAUACUGAUAUUUAACCACUAGAGGGCAUUAGCUUGUAAGUGAGUAGUGUUUAACUGAUUUUUGCUUUUCUGCAUAUGCAUACACGGAGCAUACUCUAAUAAUUAAGUUAGAUAAGUUAGAGCGGCUAUAUUUUACUGACAGUUAAAAAACAGUAAGAUUCUGCAGCCAUGCUAGCAGCUCUGUGAGGCUGUACUUAGACACAGCGGUGCCUUGAGCUAAAUGCUAACAUCAGCAUGCUAACAAUGACUAUGCUACCAUGCUGAUGUUUAGCAAGUAUAAUGUUUAUCAUGUUAGCAUGCUAACAUUUGCUAAUUAGCACUAAACACAAAAUACAGCUGAGGCAGAUGGGAAUGUCAUUAGUUUUGCAUUUGGUCAUAAACCAAACAGAUUUCAAUUUUGAGCUGAAAAGUCAGAGGAAGUUAUUACAAUUAAUUAAUAAUAAUGAUAUAUUUUAUUCAUAAGCACAUUUCAAGUCACCCAAGGACACUUUACAAAUCCAGAAUACCUAAUAAAAGAUAACAAUAAUGAUAAUUACAAAGAAUUCUUAGGGGGACAGAGAUAUUGAGAUAUUUUUUAUCUGAUUCCUUGGAUUUUAAAACUUAUUUCUGUUUAUCACAAAUAUAUUUUUAUGCCUGUAAUAUGUAUACAUAUACAUGUUUGUAUUUGUGAAGCACUUUGGUGCAAAACCUGUUUGCUUUUUUAAAGUACUAUAUAAAUGAAAAAACGUAAAACUUAAUUUCAAUCUGGACCAAAGUGGUGGACUGACUGGCAGACCAACAUCCCUAGAGUCACGCAGCUAGCAUGGCUAAAACACUGUUUUAAAAGUGUCAAUAAAUGUUAUGUUGUUGCAAUAAUUGUGUUUCCUGUAUGUUAUUUUGUAACAUUCAGUUGGUGUUUUAUUCAAUAAAAUCCACAAUGUGUAACUUUA